ACUCCGAAGCUGUCCGAGUGUCACGUCAGCGCACGGGCUUUGAGGAAGUUCCACGUCACAUUUGCCUGCCGUGCACAGACACAACUGCAGCCGAAAAAACACUCUCUCGGUGGACGAUAUACAAUAUUACAACUGAAGGAGACCAAAACCAGCAAACGCAAACAUGCCUCUGAGGCUGGACAUCAAGCGCAAACUCACGGCUCGAUCUGACCGUGUCAAAAGCGUAGACCUUCAUCCAUCCGAGCCAUGGAUGCUGGCCAGUCUGUACAACGGCAGUGUGUGUGUGUGGAACCAUGAAACACAAACUCUGGUUAAGACGUUUGAAGUAUGUGACCUGCCAGUAAGAGCCGCCAAGUUUGUUGCCAGGAAAAAUUGGGUCAUAACUGGUGCUGAUGACAUGCAAAUUCGGGUUUUCAACUACAACACAUUAGAGCGAGUACACAUGUUUGAGGCCCAUUCAGAUUACAUUCGCUGCAUCGCUGUGCAUCCCACCCAGCCCUACAUCCUCACGAGCAGCGAUGACAUGUUGAUAAAGCUGUGGGACUGGGAGAAGAAAUGGUCCUGCAGUCAGGUGUUUGAGGGCCACACACACUACGUGAUGCAGAUUGUCAUCAACCCCAAGGACAACAACCAGUUUGCGAGUGCAUCACUGGACAGAACCAUCAAGGUUUGGCAGCUGGGCUCUUCCUCUCCUAACUUCACUCUGGAGGGUCAUGAUAAGGGGGUGAACUGCAUUGAUUAUUACAGUGGAGGAGAUAAACCCUACCUCAUAUCUGGAGCUGAUGACAGACUGGUCAAGAUUUGGGACUAUCAGAAUAAGACAUGUGUGCAGACUCUCGAGGGUCACGCUCAGAAUGUGUCCUGUGUCAACUUCCACCCAGAGCUGCCAAUCAUCAUCACUGGAUCAGAGGAUGGUGAGUCAUGGCACAUCUUUAGGAUAAUCACUUUUAUAAAACUGCACUGCCUCAUUCCUGGCACAAAUAUUUUUUAUUACUUUUUAGGCUGUAAUGGUACAUGUAUUUGUUCUGAACCAUACGGUACGGGCGUCACGGUUCGCUUCUUGUAUCUGUCUUCUGUUAAGGCACAGGUUCGUAUCUGGCACUCCAGCACUUACCGUCUAGAGAGCACCCUGAACUAUGGCAUGGAGCGGGUGUGGUGUGUGUCUGGCCUGCGUGGCUCCAACAAUGUGGCACUGGGCUAUGACGAAGGCAGCAUCAUUAUCAAGCUUGGUCGUGAGGAGCCAGCCAUGUCAAUGGAUACCAGCGGAAAGAUUAUUUGGGCCAAGCACUCAGAAAUUCAGCAGGCUAACCUCAAAGCCAUGGGAGAUGCUGAGAUCAAGGAUGGCGAGAGGCUGCCACUGGCAGUGAAGGACAUGGGCAGCUGUGAGAUCUACCCCCAAACUAUCCAGCACAAUCCUAAUGGCAGGUUUGUGGUGGUGUGUGGAGAUGGAGAGUACAUCAUCUACACCGCUAUGGCUCUGAGGAACAAGAGCUUUGGAUCUGCACAGGAGUUUGUCUGGGCCCAUGAUUCAUCUGAGUACGCGAUUCGGGAAAGCAGCAGUGUGGUGAAGAUCUUCAAAAAUUUUAAGGAGAAAAAAUCUUUUAAGCCAGACUUUGGAGCAGAAGGCAUCUAUGGUGGUUUCUUGCUGGGCGUCAGAUCAGUGAAUGGCUUGGCUUUCUAUGACUGGGAUAACACAGAGCUGAUUCGUCGCAUUGAGAUCCAGCCCAAACACAUUUUCUGGUCUGACUCUGGUGAGCUGGUUUGCAUUGCCACAGAGGAGUCUUUCUUCAUCCUGCGCUAUCUGUCAGAGAAGGUGGCUGCAUCACAAGAGUCAAAUGAGGGGGUCACUGAAGAUGGUAUCGAAGAUGCUUUUGAGGUCCUAGGAGAGAUUCAGGAAGUGGUAAAGACGGGUCUGUGGGUGGGAGACUGUUUCAUUUACACCAGCUCAGUCAACAGACUCAACUACUUUGUUGGAGGAGAGAUUGUCACCAUUGCUCACCUGGACAGAACCAUGUACCUUCUGGGAUACAUUCCUAAAGACGACCGUCUUUACCUGGGUGAUAAGGAGCUGAACAUUGUCACGUACUCUCUUCUGGUGUCUGUCCUGGAGUACCAGACUGCUGUCAUGCGCAGAGACUUUGGCAUGGCUGACAAAGUGCUGCCCACCAUCCCUAAAGAACAGAGAACCAGAGUUGCCCACUUCCUGGAAAAACAGGGUUUCAAGCAGCAGGCCUUGGCCGUGUCCACUGAUCCAGAGCACCGGUUUGAGCUGGCGCUGCAGUUAGGAGAGCUGAAAAUCGCCUACCAGCUAGCAGUGGAAGCUGAGUCUGAGCAGAAGUGGAAGCAGCUGGCAGAGUUGGCCAUCAGUAAGUGCCAGUUUGGUUUGGCACAGGAGUGCCUCCAUCAUGCCCAGGACUAUGGAGGUCUUCUGCUCCUGGCCACUGCAUCUGGCAAUGCUUCUAUGGUUGCCAAGCUUGCAGAGGGGGCAGAGCGUGACGGAAAAAACAACGUUGCCUUUAUGACCUACUUCCUGCAGGGAAAACUGGACAACUGUUUGGAGCUCCUGAUCAAGACCAAUCGUCUGCCAGAAGCAGCCUUUCUUGCCCGCACAUAUCUGCCCAGCCAAGUGUCCAGGGUGGUGAAGCUUUGGAGAGAGAGCUUGUCUAAAGUGAAUCAGAAAGCUGCAGAGUCUCUGGCAGAUCCGACAGAGUAUGAGAACUUGUUCCCAGGCCUGAAAGAGGCGUUUGUGGCAGAGCAGUACCUGAGAGAGACCUGCCUCGGCAAAACCAGACCUGCCUCCGACUACCCACUGAUCACGCCCAAUGAAGAAAGGAACGUGCUGGAGGAGGCCAGUGGUUAUGAACCAAAAGGAAUUAUCCCCACUCCUACAGAGCAGGUGAAGGCCUCAGAGGAGGCCCCAGAGGAUGUGGGUGUUCUGGCCUCAGUGAUGGCAGCCGUCUCGGCUCCAGUAGUUGCUGCCAUGAGUCAUGCAGAAUCCCAGCCUCCUCAGAAGGUCGAGGAAAAGACAGAGGAAGAGCCUGCCAAAAUAACAGCAGCAGAACAAAAGGUUAUUGAUGAACUGGAGGAUGAUUUGGAUAACAUGGAACUUGAUGACAUCGACACCACAGACGUCAAUCUGGACGACGACUUCUUAGAUGACUAAACCCCCAGCACUGAAGCAUCGAGUUUAUUUAAGCGACCAAACCUUUUUUAUUUGUUCCUGUCAGACCUGCAGAGCUGAAGUCUUGGGUAGACUGGGCUGAAUAUAAAUAUGUCUUUUAGGACGUGCCAGGAAUGUGCAUUAUUGAUGGUGAAUUUUUGUACUUCAUUCUGGACCUUCACUUUACAUUUUACCUGUACAUCAAGGUAUACGUUGAUUCUUGUGUGUUUGGCCAUGAUAAAUCAUGGUCCCAUUAUUCAUAAUAAAGAUAUCUGCUAUACUUACAA